CAGUCAAACUCAGCGAAGUCCCCACGUGUUUUACCGACAUGACUUGAUCAAUCAGCUUCAGCACAAUCACGCCCUCGUUACACUGGUUGCAGAAAACCUCUCUGCUUAUAUGGAAAGCAUGAGGCAGUAUGCUAAAGAACAUGGUGAAUAUGAUCCUCAAACUGUGAGACCAGGAAGCCGAUACAGUCACGUGCAGGAAGUUCAGGAGCGACUUAACUUCUUACGAUUUUUAUUGAAGGAUGGUCAGCUGUGGCUCUGUGCCCCUCAGGCGAAGCAAAUAUGGAAGUGUUUAGCUGAAAAUGCGGUUUAUCUUUGUGAUCGCGAAGCCUGUUUUAAAUGGUAUUCCAAACUAAUGGGGGAUGAACCAGACUUAGACCCUGACAUUAAUAAGGACUUCUUUGAAAAUAAUGUGCUUCAGCUGGAUCCUUCCCUAUUAACAGAAAAUGGAAUGAAAUGUUUUGAACGUUUCUUCAAAGCUGUGAACUGUCGAGAAGGAAAGCUAGUAGCAAAGAGACGAGCCUAUAUGAUGGAUGAUCUGGAAUUAAUAGGAUUAGACUACCUUUGGAGGGUUGUGAUUCAGGGAAAUGAUGACAUCGCAAACAGAGCAAUAGACCUUCUUAAAGAGAUCUAUACUAAUCUUGGCCCAAGGUUACAAGUUAAUCAGGUAGUGAUUCAUGAAGACUUCAUUCAGUCCUGUUUCGAUCGUCUAAAAGCCUCCUAUGAUACAUUAUGUGUGUUGGAUGGAGAUAAAGACAGUAUCAACUGUGCAAGACAAGAAGCAAUAAGGAUGGUGAGAGUGCUGACUGUUUUAAGAGAGUAUAUAAAUGAAUGUGACAGUGAUUACCACGAAGAAAGAACUAUUCUACCUAUGUCAAGAGCUUUCCGUGGUAAACAUAUCACACUUGUAGUUCGUUUUCCAAACCAAGGCCGGCAGGUGGAAGAUUUGGAUAUUUGGUCUCACACAAACGACACGAUUGGCCAAGUGCGGCGUUGCAUCCUCAACCGCAUUAAAGCCAACAGUGCUCACACAAAAGUAGAGCUGUUCAUUGGGGGUGAGCUGGUAGAUCCUGCAGAUGACAGAAAAUUAAUUGGGCAGCUGAAUCUCAAAGAUAAAACGCUAAUAACAGCUAAGCUUACACAGAUAAAUUCUAAUAUGCCCUCAAGUCCAGAUAGUUCUUCUGACUCUUCAACUGGUUCUCCGGGCAACCAUGGCAAUCACUACAGUGAUGGUCCAAAUCCAGAAGUUGAAAGCUGUUUGCCUGGAGUGAUCAUGUCGCUGCAUCCUCGAUACAUCUCUUUUCUUUGGCAAGUUGCAGACUUGGGCAGUAGUCUAAAUAUGCCACCUCUUAGAGAUGGAGCUCGUGUUCUUAUGAAGCUCAUGCCACCAGAUAACACUACGGUCGAGAAACUAAGAGCAAUUUGUUUAGAUCAUGCAAAGCUAGGGGAAAGCAGCCUUAGUCCAUCCCUUGAUUCUCUAUUCUUUGGUCCUUCUGCCUCACAAGUGCUAUACCUAACAGAGGUAGUUUAUGCCUUGUUAAUGCCUGCCAGUGCACCUCUGGGAGAAGAUGCCAGUGACUUCCAAUAUAACUUCCUGAAAAGUGGUGGUUUGCCUCUUGUGCUGAGCAUGCUGACCAGAAAUAACUUCCUGCCAAAUGCAGAUAUGGAAACUCGAAGGGGUGCCUACCUUAAUGCUCUAAAAAUAGCCAAAUUAUUGCUAACUGCAAUUGGAUAUGGCCAUGUUCGAGCUGUGGCAGAAGCUUGUCAGCCAGUUGUGGAAGGCACAAGUACAAUUUCACCGAUAAACCAGGCUACGCAUGACCAGGCAGUGGUGCUACAAAAUGCCCUACAAAACAUUCCUAAUCCAACUUCAGAGUGCAUGCUGAGAAAUGUAGCAAUACGUCUUGCACAGCAAAUAUCUGAUGAGGCUUCAAAAUACAUCCCUGACAUCUGUGUUAUCAGGGCAGUACAAAAAAUUGUUUGGGCAUCAGGUUGUGGGUCAGUUCAGCUGGUUUUCAGCUCGAAUGAGGAAAUCAGUAAAAUCUAUGAAAAGGUAAGAAUCCCUGAACAGCUGCUUUUCUGUAUAACUGUUUGUUUCUCUACAAAAGAGAAUGUUGAUCUGGUCAGGUUUAGAGUGUGAUGAGCUUUUAGGUGGAUACAAUGAUGUAUUUCAGAAUCUAGUACAUGUCGUUGUCAUAACACAGCUUAAUUUUCUAUUCCAAAUUCCUUUUCUCAGUAAUUGUUGAAUUGUAACUUGAAUUUGGUGUCAGUUCAAAAAUGCACCAGUUCUGUAACUGCUGUAACGUGUUUUCAGCCCAGUUAGAUUCUGCAUCUAAAUAAGGAAUAAGCAUUUCCUGCAAUGCUAAUUUGUCUAGUCCUCAGACUUAAAAGGUCUGUUGUACAGAAGUGAUUCAAAGCAUAUGUGCAGUCUAGAAGAAGAAAGAAGCACAGAGUGGUGUGAGAAGCAUUGGAAAAAAAGAUAAAAUUGCUAAUUCUGUAUGGCAUAUAUAUUCAUGGUUUCACAUGUGGUUUACAUGUGAUUUUACAUGUGGUUUGGAGUUGGGAGUUCUGUAUCAGCACAUUAUCACACACCUUUUGUUUAAGUAGUGUUGUCUACAAUUGUAGGAAAUAAUAAUCUGUAUUUUGACAGUGAUUUUAAGAAAGCAUCUUCCUUUUUUUUGUCUUACAAAAUUGGGUUUAGUACUCAUCAAUACCUGCCUGAGAGUAAAAGGAGAAGGAAUAUGUCGAGACACUGCUGUGUUUUAAAUGAUCAGUUGAAAGAAGGAGAUUUAUACAGCAAAAUAAACACCUCUCCAUUAUCUUUCAUAGGGCUAUAGUGGCAUCUGCUUCUGUUGCUGUGAACAUGACUUCUUCAUUAAAUAAAUUGGAGUUUGGGGUUUUUUUUAAGUGAUACUUGCAUAUAGAAUGUGGUUUAGUUUGUGUGACAGUCCAGGCACAUGAAGAUAAGCUCUUCUAUCUAUACAUAGGAUGCUUUAAGAACAGUAGUGCACUAGAGAAAGUAUGCCUAAAAGAGAAGAGACCUAAAUGUACUUCAUUAACAUUUAUCUGGGUAAAAAUUGUACAGUUAAGUUCUGUAAAAAUACUUUGAGGUAAUGGGAGUUUUAAAAGAGGUGAAAUUUAAGCUGUCCAUUACUGAUCUUCUUUCACAUGAUUUUAUGGGUUUUUCAUUUUUAGUUUUCUUAUUUUUAUUCU